GCUCCCAUAUCUCCUGAGUGUCUUCAGGGAGGCCUGUGUGUGUGUGUGUGUUGCAUGUGAAGGCUGCAUUUGAGUGCCGUACUACAGAGGACUGAUACCUUCCCAGGAUGCAUCACCUGCUUGGAGCAACUGUGGUGUUGCUGGCACUGUGCUCUCUAUCCAGAGUGGAUUCUUCUGCUUACGACAAAAUCGUCACCCACAGCCGCAUACGGGCCAGGAACGAGGGACCCAAUGUGUGCGCUCUGCAGCAGGUCAUGGGGACCAAGAAGAAGUACUUCAGCACAUGUAGGAACUGGUACAAAGGCUCCAUCUGUGGCAAGAAGGCGGUGGUUCUGUAUGAGUGCUGUCCAGGCUACAUGAAGCUGGAAGGCAUGAGAGGAUGCCCUGCAGUGGCUCCCAUUGACCAUGUGUAUGGCACGCUGGGACUUGUUAAAGCUACGACCACACAGCAAUACGCUGACAUGUCCAAACUGAGAGAGGAAAUUGAAGGCAAAGGCUCCUUUACCAUGUUUGCUCCUAGCAAUGAUGCCUGGGAGCAGCUGGAACCUGCGAUGCGGUCUGCACUUGUGAGCAACGUGAACAUUGAGCUGUACAACGCUCUUCACUUCCACAUGGUGAACUACCGUCUGGUGACCAAGGACAUGAAGAACGGCAUGACUGUCAUGUCCAUGUACAAUGACCUGGGCCUUCACAUAAACCACUAUCCCAAUGGGAUUGUGACGGUGAACUGUGCCAGAAUCAUCCACGGUAACCAGGUGGCUACUAAUGGUGUGGUGCACGUGAUAGACCGGGUCAUCAGCGCCGUAGGCAGAACCAUCAAGGACACCCUGGAUGUUACAGAUGAACUCUCAUCCUUCAAUGCUGCAGCACUGGCUUCUGAAAUUAUUGACAAACUAGACCAGCCCGGCCAGUACACACUAUUUGCUCCAACUAAUCAGGCCUUUGACAAACUGGACUCAGACUACCUGGAGCGUAUCAUGGGAGACAAGGCUGUUAUUGCAGCUCUGGUGAACUACCAUCUAUUGAACAGUGUCCAGUGCUCAGAGGCAAUCAUGGCUGGGUCAGUGUUUGAGACAGCAGAGGGCAGUACCAUCGAAAUCGGCUGUGAUGGUGACAGUCUGACAGUUAAUGGCAUCAAGAUGGUGCUGAAGAAGGACAUUGUCACCACCAACGGCGUCAUCCACCUCAUUGACCAGGUGCUCAUCCCCAAUGCAGCCAAGGAUGUGAUGGAACUUGUGGGAGAAUCGCAGAGCACAUUCAGUGACAUGGUGUCUGAACUGGGCUUGGCAGCUGCCAUGGGUCCAAAAACUGAAUACACCCUCCUGGCUCCUGUCAACGCUGCCUUUUCCAAUGAUGUGAUGUCAAUCGACCAGAGCCUGCUGAGGCUCAUUUUGGAAAACCACAUCCUGAAGCUCAAAGUCACACUGAACGAGCUCUACAACGGACAGCAACUGGAAACGCUGGCUGGCAAACUGCUCAGAGUCUUCAUUUACCGCACCGCUGUGUGUAUAGAAAAUUCAUGCAUGGUGCGUGGCAGUAAGGAAGGGAGCAAUGGAGCGCUUCAUGUUGUGAGGUCACUCAUCAAGCCAGCUGAGAAAACCAUUUACGAGAUGCUGGUUGCUGACAAACGCUUCAAGAUUUUCCUGUCCUUAAUGGAGACUGCAGGUCUGACAGAGCUCCUGAAACAAGAGGGCUCGUAUACGAUCUUUGCACCUACAGACGAUGCCUUUGAUGGCCUCAGUGAAGAGGAUUUUGCUCUGCUCAAGAGCGAUGUGAAUGCUUUGAGGACCAUUCUGCUGUACCACUUCAGUAACGGCAUUUUCAUCAAUGGAGGCAUGGAAGGAGGAGUUACCAAUCUGCUUAAAUCCAUCCAGGGCAACAACCUACAAGUGAUGACUGUAAAUAACUCCAUACAUGUCAACUCUGUUGAUGUGCCAGAGAGUGAUCUGAUUGCAACAAAUGGUGUGAUCCAUGUGGUGAGGAAUAUUCUCUAUCCUGCAGAUCUUCCUGUGGGCCGUCAGGAUCUUCUCGUAGUUCUGAAGAAGCUGGUUAAGUACAUUCACAUAAAGUAUGUUUAUGGAUUUAAUUAUGUUGAGAUUCCGCUUACUUUCAUCAAGCGGACCGUCACCACAACCACACACCACAUCGAAACAGUUCCCGAAGUGACUAAGGUUGUCCGAGGACCACCAACUGUUACCAAGGUUACCAGGGUCAUUGAAGGGGUGGUUGAACCACAAAUUACCAUGGUAACAAGAGUCAUCGAAACAGAACCAAAAAUCACUAAGGUGGUUGUGGAGGGGGAGCCUACAGUCACCAAACUAACCAGGGUCAUUGAAGGACCUUCCAUUACCAAAGUCACACGAGUUAUUGAUGGCACAAAGUCUGAUGCAGAAGGAAGGAGGAUUGUCAGUAGAGGUGGAGCUGGAAAAACGGCGGUGAACGAGCCUCAUAUUAUUGAGGGCCCAGACUUUUCAAAGAUCACCACCAUCCAUGGCAACCCAAAUCUGAUCGAGGAGGAAUCUGAGAGGAUUAGUGGUAUCAUUAAAGCGGGAGGUAAACCGGCUUCUGCCAGGCAACCUCCAGCUGGUAUGAGGAGGAAACCAAGGCUGGUCAGACGCCACCACAAGCCGAGGCAGUGAACACAGCAGAGAGUAAACGGGGUUAGGCUCACCGCAGAGACUGAAUGCAUCUCUAAGGCUCCUGGUAGAGUGCUGGAGAACUGAAAACCUGUGGACCAGCAGGACGAGACCAAAUCAGUCUAGCUUUUUCUUUGACCAAACCACCAAUUGGAAUGAUAAUUAAUAUUCCAUCUGGACCAUAUGUGAUAGGCAUGACGUGUUUAACAAUGCAAAGAAAUUAGAAGUAGACUAAAUGAAAUUAAUGUAAGUAUGCAAGAAAGUAAGAGACACUUGUGUAAACGGAGGUGAAAGGUGAUAUAUAUUCUAUUGCGGAAGUUUUAUAAAAUGUUUUAUUUUUCAUAAACAAACAGCUUGGGAACAUUUCUCUAUGCUUUUUUAUGGUGCUCGCAUUCUCUUCAAAGGAUGCAUUUUACUGAAUAAGAAAAAACAGCAUCAGUAUUAGAUACUGUACCAUCCUCUCAGUUGUCAAAUAAAAAUUUUAAAUACAAUUUUUCACCUAUUUUUAUUAAAUCCUCACAAUUUCCAUGUUUGUUAUUCUGAUUUUUUUACAUUAUAAAAUCAGACAGUUUGAUGUUGAAUAUAAGCUUGACUUCUUAUACAACUGGGCUUGUCAGGUAAAUAAAUACGUGAAUAAAA